AUGACACGUGUGGGAAAUCAAAGUGAUUCUCCGCCACCUUAUACAAUUACAAAACGUAAUGGUUUCAUUGAAGAACCCGAAGAAGACGAAGAAGAUGAAUAUAGUGUUGAAGAAUCAAUAGGAGAAACUUCUGACACAAGUUCAUCAGAUAAACUUUCAUGGCUAUCUAAAAUAGCUUAUGCUUCUGUUGGUUUACCUUAUUCAAUGCAAUUAUCAAUUAUUGCGUUUUAUAUAAAUGAAUUUCUUUUGGAUGUUGCUAAAGUAUCGCCAGCAUAUAAUGCAGUUAUUCUAUUUACUAGUCGUCUUAUUGAUGGUUUAACUGAUCCUAUUGGUGGCUAUCUUUUUAGUCGAUGUUCAUUUAGAUGGGGGAAAAUGAGACCAUGGAUACUUUUUUCAGCACCUUUUGUUGCACUCAGCUAUUUUGGCAUUUGGUGUCUUCCAAAUAUUCCUGAUGGUGGUAAAUUGGGCUAUUAUCUCCUACUGCAUUCUUUACUAUGGACAUUUAUGACUGCAUCACGUAUUCCACAUACAGCUCUUACUGUUUAUUUAACAUUAAAUCAACAUGAACGAGAUCAAUUAACAAAAUAUCGCACUCUAUUCGAAGCUGCAGGUCUUUUACUUUCGAUUGUUUUUCAGUCGGGUAUUACAGCUCUGUUUGGUGCAUCAAAAAAUAGAAUAUCUUGUGACAAUUCAACGAUGUUUGAUGGAUUGAACAAUAGUAUGAUAGAAAAUUUUACGAAUGAAACGGUAUUACCGGCUUUAACGGUACCAAUGAAUGUGGCAGGUGCUUAUAUGACUUCAGCUGGUAUUGUUGGAUUAAUUCAUAUUUUAACAUCAUUAUUUUUAUUUUUUUCGGUGCGUGAAAUUGUUGAUGUUAUUUCAACACAUGAAACAAGUUUUAUGACAGGUUUUAAAAUGAUAAUACGUUAUAAACCAUUCCUGAUCUUAACAGCAGCAACAGUUGCAUCUAUUCUUGCAACACAAUCAAUUCAAAGUGUUCUUGAACUUUAUUUAAAUCAUGUAAAAAAAAAUCAUACAAUGUUUCCAUAUCUGGCUGGAACAUUAAUUAUAUCAACAAUGAUUCUUUUAUUUGUAUGGGCGAUAAUAAUGCGUCGAAUUGGAAAGAAAAAAAGUUUUUUUAUCGGAAAUUUGUGUUUAAUACCAACUGUAAUCAUUAUAUUAAUUACUAAAUCCCCUAUAGCUCUUUUAUUUGUUGCGGCAAUUUUUGGUGCAAAUACAGUUGCUUGUGGUUAUAUCAUGCCAUGGGGCAUGUUACCGGAAUGUAUUGAUGCAUUUAUGCUUGAAACAGGUCGAAGACCAGUAGAAAUUUUUUAUACAUUCUUUUUUCUUGGUGCUAAACUUGUACAAGCAUUAUAUGCAGGUGUUGUUCAAUUAUCACUAGGUGCAAGCGGUUAUGAUGCUAAACAGUGUGAACAACCAGAAUCAGUCGCAUUGACAUUAAGUAUAUUGAUGGGUGCUGUUCCAGGUGCUGUACUGAUUGUAUCAACAACAUGUCUAUUUUUUUAUUCAAUCGAUGAUGAACGAGCUAGACAAAUUCAAAUAGAAUUGAAAACAUUGAGGUAUUAA